GACGGCGCGCAGCCUGUGUCAUCCGCCAUCUUGUGCGAAGCAAGGUGGCCUCUACGUUCCCUGAGCGUCUUCUCCGCUUCUGUCUUGACCGCCCCUUGAUCACAGACAUGUCUCGAGAUCGGUUCCGGAGCCGCGGAGGUGGCGGUGGUGGCUUCCACCGACGCGGAGGAGGCGGUGGUCGAGGUGGCCUCCAUGACUUCCGUUCCCCGCCGCCCGGUAUGGGCCUCAAUCAGAACCGUGGACCCAUGGGUCCCGGCCCGGUCCAGGGUGGCCCCAAGCCCCCGAUCCCGCCACCGCCUCCACACCAACAGCAGCAGCAACCACCGCCGCAGCAGCCGCCACCGCAGCAGCCACCCCCAGCUCCCGGAGUAGGUAGCGCUGCGCCGGCCUCCGGAUCGGCGCCGCCCGCUACUCCCCCAACCUCCGGGGCUACUACGGGGCCAGGCCCCACCCCGACCCCACCGCCCGCUGUCACCUCCGCGCCCCCUGGGGCGCCCCCGCCCGCUCCUCCGAGCAGUGGGGUCCCCACCACUCCUCCUCAGGCCGGUGGGCCGCCGCCUCCACCCCCGGGGGUCCCGGGCCCAGGGCCCAAGCAGGGCCCAGGACCUGGCGGCCCCAAAGGCGGCAAAAUGCCAGGCGGGCCGAAGCCCGGCGGUGGUCCAGGCCUAAGCGCUCCUGGCGGCCAUCCAAAGCCGCCGCACCGAGGAGGCGGGGAGCCCCGCGGAGGCCGGCAGCAUCACCCACCCUACCACCAGCAGCACCACCAGGGGCCCCCGCCUGGCGGGCCCGUUGGCCGCAGCGAGGAGAAGAUCUCCGACUCGGAGGGGUUUAAAGCCAACUUGUCUCUCUUGAGGAGACCCGGAGAAAAAACUUACACUCAGCGUUGUCGAUUGUUUGUUGGGAAUUUGCCUGCUGAUAUUACGGAGGACGAAUUCAAAAGGCUAUUUGCUAAAUAUGGAGAACCAGGAGAAGUUUUUAUCAACAAAGGCAAAGGAUUCGGAUUUAUUAAGCUUGAAUCUAGGGCAUUGGCCGAAAUUGCCAAAGCAGAACUCGAUGAUACACCCAUGAGAGGUAGACAGCUUCGGGUUCGCUUUGCCACACAUGCUGCUGCCCUUUCAGUUCGCAAUCUUUCACCUUAUGUUUCCAAUGAACUGUUGGAAGAAGCCUUUAGCCAGUUUGGUCCUAUUGAAAGGGCCGUUGUAAUUGUGGAUGACCGUGGAAGAUCUACAGGGAAAGGCAUUGUUGAAUUUGCUUCUAAACCAGCAGCAAGAAAAGCAUUUGAAAGGUGCAGUGAAGGCGUUUUCUUACUGACAACAACACCUCGUCCAGUCAUUGUGGAACCGCUUGAACAAUUAGAUGAUGAAGACGGUCUUCCUGAAAAACUUGCACAGAAGAAUCCUAUGUAUCAAAAGGAGAGAGAAACCCCUCCUCGUUUUGCCCAGCAUGGCACAUUUGAGUACGAAUAUUCUCAGCGAUGGAAGUCCUUAGAUGAAAUGGAGAAACAGCAAAGGGAACAAGUUGAAAAAAACAUGAAAGAUGCAAAAGACAAAUUGGAAAGUGAAAUGGAAGAUGCCUAUCAUGAGCAUCAGGCAAAUCUUUUGCGUCAAGAUCUGAUGCGACGCCAGGAAGAAUUAAGACGCAUGGAAGAACUUCACAAUCAAGAAAUGCAGAAACGUAAAGAAAUGCAAUUAAGGCAAGAGGAGGAACGACGUAGGAGGGAAGAAGAGAUGAUGAUCCGUCAACGUGAAAUGGAAGAACAAAUGAGACGCCAAAGAGAAGAAAGUUAUAGUCGAAUGGGCUACAUGGAUCCAAGAGAAAGAGACAUGAGAAUGGGUGGUGGAGGAGCAAUGAACAUGGGAGAUCCCUAUGGUUCUGGAGGCCAGAAAUUUCCACCUUUAGGUGGUGGUGGUGGCAUAGGUUAUGAAGCUAAUCCUGGAGUUCCACCAGCAACUAUGAGUGGUUCCAUGAUGGGAAGCGACAUGCGUACUGAGCGCUUUGGGCAGGGAGGUGCGGGACCUGUGGGUGGACAGGGUCCUAGAGGAAUGGGGCCUGGAACUCCGGCAGGAUAUGGUAGAGGGAGAGAAGAGUAUGAAGGCCCAAACAAAAAACCCCGAUUUUAGAUGUGAUAUCUAGGCUUUCAUUCCAGUUUGUUUUUGUCUUGUUUAGAUACCAAUCUUUUAAAUUCUUGCAUUUUAGUAAGAAAGCUACCUUUUUAUGGAUGUUAGCAGUUUAUUGACCUAAUAUUUGUAAAUGGUCUAUUUGGGCAGGUAAAAUUAUGUAAUGCAGUGUUUGAAACAGGGGAAUUUUUUUCCUUUUUAUUUCACUUUUUUUUAACUGUAUAAUGUCCCUCAAGUUAUGGCAGUGUACCUUGUGCCACUGAAUUUCCAAAGUGUACCAUUUUUUUUUUUUUACUGUGCUUCAAAUAAAUAGAUAAAAUAGUUAUAUUGAUCUUCAACUUUGCCAUUCAUGCUUCUAUGCACAUUAGGCUAGGUAUUCCACUUUGAAAGCAUGAGAGUGUCUAGACCUUCAAAUGGCAUAUGCCAUUUCUGGGAAAUGUAUUUGUAGGCUAAGUAUUGCUUUCUACAAAUAAGUACCCCCUUGUUUUAAAAAGAAGAAAUGCAUAUCGAAGUAGUUUCAUGAUUUGAUUUGUUUGGCAUUAUAGGAAGCAAGCAGUGCUAAGUACUUUUAAAUGGUUAUGUAAGCAAAGCUGAACUGUAAAUCUUCAUUCAGGAAUGUCUAUUAAGAUUAUGGAAUGGGUGUAAGACUUGGUAGGGGGAGAAAGUGGGUACAAGUAAAUGGAUCUUUUAUGGCCCUAUGAUCUAUCCUUUCCUUGAAAGUUUCUGAAGAAAAAGUGGAAAGAUCAUUUUGUUGCAUUCCUCUAUUCUUGUUUUUAAAAGAAUAAGUCCCAAGCCCUACAAAUGGCUUGUAUUGAACUUUCAUAUUUGAAUUAAAGAUUGUUAAACAUGAA